GUCUAGCUGGCUGCUGUCCUGUCAUCGGCCUGGGUGUGGUUUUUUUUUUUGCAGUCAGGGGUACCGUUAGCAGGAAAUCAAGCUGCGGUCCAUUUCACUGAAAGGUGAAACAAAGAGAAAAAACACUCCGUCGAGCGUAAGGCUGAAACAUUUCUUCGCACUUGAGCUCACGGUAACGAGUGUUUGCUCGAGACGGUGACACGUUUUAUUGGCGCCGUUGUUCUGAUGGGAAAAAGUUUUCUGUGCUCUCACCAGCUGCUCUUCUGAUUCAAGAACUUUUUUUUUUACUGUAAAGUCUGAAGCGGCCUUAAAGAAAGGAAAGAUGCCGAAAACGAUAAGUGUAAGAGUCACCACAAUGGAUGCUGAACUUGAGUUCGCCAUUCAGCCCAAUACAACAGGGAAACAACUCUUUGACCAGGUUGUCAAGACCAUUGGGCUGCGGGAGGUUUGGUACUUUGGGCUUCAGUACCAGGAUACUAAAGGUUUCUCUACUUGGCUCAAACUCAAUAAGAAGGUGACAGCCCAGGAUGUGAGGAAGGAAAGCCCGCUACUGUUUAAGUUUCGUGCCAAGUUCUUCCCUGAGGAUGUGUCGGAGGAGUUGAUCCAGGACGCCACACAGCGCCUGUUCUUCCUGCAGGUAAAGGAGGGAAUCUUGAAUGACGACAUCUACUGCCCGCCAGAGACUGCCGUCCUGCUGGCGUCCUAUGCAGUGCAAGCCAAGUAUGCAGACUACAACAAGGAAGUCCACACACCCGGCUAUCUGUCCAGUGAGCAGCUGCUGCCUCAGAGAGUGCUGGACCAGCACAAACUCAACAAGGACCAGUGGGAGGAGAGGAUUCAGGUGUGGCAUGAAGAACACAAGGGCAUGAUAAGAGAGGAAUCCAUGAUGGAGUAUCUGAAGAUCGCUCAGGAUCUGGAGAUGUAUGGAGUCAACUAUUUCAACAUCAAGAAUAAGAAAGGAACAGAGCUGUUUUUGGGAGUGGAUGCUUUGGGCCUCAACAUUUAUGAACAGAAUGACAAAAUGACGCCUAAAAUUGGAUUCCCUUGGAGUGAAAUCAGGAACAUUUCCUUCAAUGACAAGAAGUUUGUCAUUAAACCGAUUGACAAGAAAGCGCCUGACUUCGUCUUUUAUGCUCCCAGACUGCGCAUCAACAAGCGCAUUCUGGCUCUAUGCAUGGGAAACCAUGAGUUGUACAUGCGCCGCCGCAAACCUGAUACCAUAGAAGUGCAGCAGAUGAAGGCUCAGGCUCGGGAGGAGAAGAAUCACAAGAAGAUGGAGAGAGCUCUGCUGGAGAAUGAAAAGAGGAAAAGAGAAGUUGCAGAAAAGGAAAAAGAAAAGAUCGAAAAGGAAAAGGAGGAGUUGAUAGAGAGAUUAAAGCAGAUCGAGGAGCAGACAAAAAAGGCCCAACAAGAGCUGGAGGAGCAAACACACCGGGCUCUGGAGCUGGAGCUGGAGAGGAAGCGUGCACAGGAGGAGGCUGAACGCCUAGAGGCUGAUCUGAAGGGCGCUGAAGACGCCAAGAUGGCACUGCUCCAGCAGUCUGAGAACCAGAUGAAGAACCAAGAACACCUGGCCACGGAGUUGGCUGACCUUACUUCCAAGAUCUCCCUCCUGGAGGAUGCCAAGAAGAAGAAGGAAGAAGAGGCUGAGGAGUGGCAGGAGAAGGCUACCAUGGUGCAGGAGGACCUGGAGAAGACCAAAGAAGAGCUUAAAAACAAAGUGAUGGCAGCUCACGUUCAGGAGCCCCUCAAUGCGGAGAACGAGGACGAAGAGAACGAUGAGAGUAACGCUGAGGCCAGUGCUGACUUCACGUCUGCUGCCACAUACAAAGACCGCAGCGAAGAAGAGCGUAUGACAGAGGCCGAGAAGAACGAACGAUUGCAGAAGCAUCUACUUGCUUUGAGCUCAGAGUUGGCCAACGCUCGAGACGAGACGAAGAAGACGGUGAAUGACAUGAUUCACGCAGAGAAUAUGAAAGCAGGGCGAGACAAGUACAAGACCCUCAGACAGAUCCGGUCUGGAAACACCAAACAGCGCAUUGAUGAGUUUGAAUGCAUGUGAUGUCUGCGUUCACUAUUGCUAAUGCUAAGAGCCCACACGGCUGGGCCAGUCUGCCUUGACUGCAGUCCUGCCUCACUCAAGCUGUCUCCUCUGUACCCAAAAGAAUCAGAUCCAAAACAUGACGUGGUUACACAAGCACAGCACAAUGUACAAAUAUGGAUCUGGAAAACUCCAUUUGUUAUCAUUCCUUACUUUGAAUUUAGGCAAGUCACUGGUUGAAAAGGGACAUACUGUAUUUUAUUAGUACAUGCCUCACAAGGGUUUAUGUAGCAUAUUAGCAGUGGGCUCAUGUCUCACUUCAUGACACAUUGAGUAAACAUUUUUUAAUUUCUUUAUAUGUUUAUUGUCACAUUUUUGUAUCCUGAUUACAAUAUAAAAGUCUGAGAGACCAUUCUAAAUUUCAGCAUGCCUGUAGACGUGUUUCUGCUGUAAGCAUUCAUUGGUUCUUCACGGCAAGCGGUUUUUGAGACCAAUAUUUCUCCCAUGAUUCAUUGCGAGUAGUUUUAAAAUGAAGUGCACUGUAGUCUACAAAACUAAAUGCAUAUCGAAUGAUUCUGAAGUGCCUGUGUGGAGCAUAAAUAGAGCAGUAUUAUUUUUUUGUAAAUUUACUAUUUUUACUUUUCAUUUGAGUGUAAUUCCAUGAAGGCAACUUUUACAAAUCACAAAGUAUUAACACCCCCUUUACAAAACACACAUCAUAUUCCUGUCUGAUUUUAUUCUGAAAAUCUGAAAACAUUCAACACUAUUUGCAAACAAAUACAAAUUGCAAAACAAAGUGCAAAUUUAGCAUUUUUCUCAAAUAAAUAAAUGCUUAAAAAAAGCAGAUAUUUCCACUAAUUAACUUUAUUUGGCAUAAUCCGGAAAGUUAGAAAGUUGUGUUUCCCCUGCACAACAUUGAAACAACUGUUAAUGAAGUGUACAUAUUGUAGCCACAAUAAGGCUCCGUGUAGUUCACAAAGGAAAAGACAGAUGCAUUUAUAUCAUGAUAAAACUGAUGCAAAUCUUGUGUCUAAAUAGCUUUUAGUGAUUUUUUUUUUUUUUUUUUAAAUAUAAAUACACUGAAUAAUUGAAGACAUUUGAAAAGUUAGUGUUGGCUGUUUCUUACAUUUGUUGAAAUGGUAAGUUUUGAGUAUUCUUCCAAAAAGAAUGUAAAUCAGUGUCAUUUCAAUUCAGCAUUUCAAGAUCAUUUCAUUUUUUUCUAUUUUCAGCUGCACUGACAAACCAUAGCUUACCUUUCAAAUGAGUCAAACCUAGAGGAACACCAUUUCUAAUGCAUGCAUUUUUCAUAUACAGUAUUUAAUAAUGUUUGUGUAUUUUGUGAUUUGGAUUUUCAGUUGUAAUGAAAUUACAUAAUGUAAGGUUAACGACAGACACCACCAAGGAUAUUUUUGUACUAUACAACGUAGAGGUGCUUUUUUUAAAGAGAAAAAAAAAGAACAGCAUUUUGAUAUGAAGUAAUCGGAAAGCCCACUGCUGAGAUUUUGAACUUAUGGAAGAAGUAAAAUCUUAAAAAACUUUCAUUACAACAAGACAUUCUGAAUACAACUGAACCCAACAAACUAGUUUCAUAGCAUUUUGGAGUCUGACAUGUGGAAGGCUUUGUUUUUGUGGAUAUUCAGAAAUCAGUGUUUAGUGAAAAAAAAUUAAGUGAAAAAAAAAAGUGUUUUGGCAAGAAGUAUUUCUUUGAAAAUGUAUUUUGGUUUCUCUCUUAAAUGCUCUUGCCUCUUGAUGCAUAAAGUUGUGUAGCUGCCACAAAAGAGAGAAAAUGCUGUUAUUGCUUUUUUGGAUACUUUUCCACGCCUUCAACUGUAACUUUGAAUGCUGCACUGUUUGUUCUACCUGAAGUGCCAUGUGUUGACAGCCUUUAAAGAGUCAAGUUUCAUUUGAGCUCACGUCGUCAUGAAAAAUAAAAGUCUGAAAAGAUGCUACUCAAUAUUUUGUCUUGAAUCAAAAAGGACUGAAACAUCAUUGAUACUGUAAACGGACAGACAGUGCCUUUGCCUGGGUUCAUCAGAUUUUGCUGCUUCAAGUCUUCCUUUUACCAAUGAAUAAAAUUCCAUUUUAAACCUG